AUGCUAUGUGGUAAAACACGUAAUAUACGUUCUCAACUUUCAGAAAAUAAUACAAUAUGCAUUAGUAUUAAUGAUAAUGUAAAUAUAUCUUCGUUAAUAAAAGCAUUUGUCGCCAAUGUUAUUACGACCGGUCGAGAACAAACAAUUUAUCUUAAUAUUUCAAUUAAUGCACCAUUUCAAGAAAUAAAUAGAGCAUUUUUCUCUCUAUUUAUAUGUGGGACAUUGACAGAUCCUGCCAGUGGUGUUACAUUUUCAUUGUCAAAUUCCACACGGUGCAAAUUUAUAAUUGAAAUACCGUACUUAGACAGCGUACAAUUAUCAGUUUUUGACAAUUUUAAAAAAACAUUUCCUUUACUAUCGCUUAUAAAUUCGAAUGAUAUUAAAGAAAUUACCGAGGAUAAUUAUCCAUUAGAAAUUGGACAAAAUGAAGAACUUGUUGCCCGAUUCUUAAAAGCUUUUCAUGAAGAAAAAAUUAAUAGGUUAUCUGUUGAUGAUCAACCAGUUGACUUUCCUGUGGUAUGCAACCAUAAUGAAUGCCGUGUUCAAAUAUAUAAUGCUUUGAAUGCAUUCGAUCUGAACAAAAUUUAUUUGCAAAGUUUUAUACAAUUUCUUUCUAGACGUUUUCAAUUUUUUCUUAAUCCAUACUAUCGUUACAAUACAACAAGACCAAACCUAGGAUCAACUGUUAUACAGCAAAUGAUUGAAGAAGCCAAAUGUCUUGUUCGAAUUGAUUUUUCAAUGGACCAGUUUCGAAAAGUCUAUUUAGUUUAUGAUCGCGGCUUUUCACUGCAGCUAUUACAUCCCAACUGGGAUAUUGUAUCACAUCAAAUAAAAUGUCUAUUCAAUAAUGAAGAUCCUUUACUACAAAAUAUGUUUGUUGGCAAAGAUCCAUUUCCAGUACUGCUCUCUUGGUUAUUAAAUAUUCCAGAAAAUCAUUUUGUACAGUUAUUGUCUAAGACAAAAUUCGUAUUAACUGAAAAUAUUGCAUAUAAAUUAUUCCAUCUUCAGGAGCGAAAAUUAACCCGUAUGCCACUCAUCAUUGAAGGAGACACAGGUGUUGGAAAAACGUUUCUAUUGAGAUUCUAUUCAUUCUUGUUAAAUUCACAAUUACUGAAUGAUCGUGAUCUGGAAAUUUCACCAUGUAUAUUAGAACGACUAAGUAUAUGGCUAUUGAAAGAUGUUAUCGGUAAACUGGAAACACAGGAACCACUCUUACUUAGAAAAAUUGUCUUCCUUGUGCAUACUUUCAUACUAGUAAAAUCGUCUGCGACAAACGACUUAGAAAUGGAUACAGAUGAAGAAAUGUUGAAUUUAAUCCCUGUAAGCGAUGAUAACGAAAGCUUUAGUGAAAGCGAUAUGGAUAAAGCAUUAAAACUAAUUAAAAAGUGUUUACAGAACUUUGAAUAUCCGGCAUUAGUUCUCGAAAAGCUGUGGAAAAUUAUACUUUUAGUUGCAGAUACAUCGACAUCUGCUACGGCUACAAACGAUGUUCAAUCAACGUUGACUACACGACAAAUGUUAUUGACACAGUUGUAUGAACAUAUUGCUUCUCGAUUAGCCAGUUCGUGUCUGUUAGAGCCAACUAAACGUUUGGAACAGCUGUUAAUGAAUACGGAUAUAUUAAAAAUGAACGAUAGUAUAAAACUCUUCAAAGAAUACGUAAACUUUACAAAUGUAAAACCUUUAUUUUAUCGUUUACUGCUACAUCCAGGUAUAACAGAGUCACGUUUGGAAGAAUUUAUGAAACCGAUUGUCACACUUGCUAGACAGUUGCAAGUUGUUGAAAAUAAACAAAAUAUCAUGGAAAUUGUAGUUUUUUUUGAUGAAGUCAAUACAUCAUCUUGUCUAGGAUUAUUUAAAGAGAUGUUUAUGGAUCGAUCACUACAUGGGCAAUUAUUACCUAAUAAUAUAUUUUUUACUGCAGCAAUAAAUCCUUACAGCGGAAGAAACCAAGCUAAAUCAGCAGCGGAUCAGUCAAAUAUUAUUCAUCGAAGAGAUUAUCUUGUACAUGACUUACCAGAAACUUUGCAAUUUCUAAAAUGUUCUUACGGUACGUUACCGAUCAAUCAGUUAAGAACGUACGUUGAACGAAAUAUUGAAAUGUAUCAUGUCAAAUCUAUUCAAAAUAUGCCACUUGAAGAAUAUGCACGUGAUACUCUUUGUAAUGCAAUUGUAAAUGCUCAAGAAUUCUGUUUAAAACGUUUGGGAGGAAAUUCGGUCAGUCAACGUGAGAUUGAACGAUGUUUUCAAAUAGUUAGCUUUUUUUGGACAACAAAAUAUACGGAUGAAACCGAGAAAAAGCCAAUCGUCUGCAUUGCACUAGCUAUUGCAAUGGUGUAUUAUUUUCGUUUACCAACAAAAGACGAUCGCCAACAAUGCAACGAUUUACUGAGUCCAACACGUGAAGAAUUUUCGAUGGUUAUUUCUCGUGCAAUACCUGAUUUUAGUAAGAAAGUACAAGAAGAACUAGAAAAAUUUGUUACGGUAAAAAACUUUGUAUUACCGCCUGGAGUCGCAUUAAAUCAGGCGGUACGAGAACAUAUUUUUGCUUUAGUUGUAAGCAUAGCUACACGAACACCAUUGUGUAUUAUUGGUGCUCCUGGACAAUCGAAAACUCUCAGUUUUCAAAUUGUAGUGCAAAAUCUUCAAGGAUCGCUAGCAUCACCGAGGCCAUUUUGUACAACAUUACCAGCAGUUGAUGCAUUUUUUUGUCUAGGAUCCAAGUACAGCCGUGCAGAAGAUAUAGCAGCUGUUUUUGAACGAGCUUUAAAGCGUGAGCAGGAUUAUGUACAGAAUCGAUUGAACGCAAGAUGCGUAGUGUUCUUAGAUGAAGCUGGGCUUCCAGAUGAAAAAAAGAUGGUGCUUAAAGUAUUACAUCCCUAUUUAGAUGAACGUAAAGUUGCGUUUGUGGCUGUUUCUAAUAAACUGUUUGAUGCAGCAAAUGCUAAUCGAAUGAUGUGUGUAUUUCGAUCGUUACCAUCUGAAGAAGACCAGUUGACAUUGGCAUUUGGUUGUCUCGGUUUACAAUAUCCUGAUGAUAAUAUUGAUGAACAUUUAGAAAAAAUUAUUCUUGCUCUAUGUAAAGCAUAUCGUCAGAUUUUACACUGUGACGAUAUACCCAAUAUAUUUCAUGAUCGAGAUUUCAUUUAUAUGCUGCGUGAGUUGCGUUUUGAUAUUAGUACAAGAAAUGCAGCAUCGAGCACACACAAAGAUAAUUGGAAUCUCCACCGACAAGAAAAUAAUUCGACUGUUAUUUUAAGUUGUAUCACACCAACGAGUUUAUUAUGCGCAUUAGAAAAUAAUUUCAAUGGAAUAACAAAAAAUCAAUUUGAUAGAUUAGUUCAAAUAUUUUUUACAUCUGUCAGCGAGUGUAUCAGUAGUUUUAAUAAGCCAAACGAUAUUAAAUAUCGGGAUCCAAUAUCAGUGCUACGUGACUCGAUGAAACUAGAACCUUCAAGACGGCGUUUGUGCGGCCGUUAUAAAUUGAUUAUUGAUGAAAGUGAAGACGAAUCAGUUGCAAAUUUAUUGUUCGAAGUUGGCAUCCUGGAGUCAAACUCUGAAAACACGGCAGUAUUUCGAAUGUCUGAUUUUGAAACAGACGUUGAUAAUGAAUUAAGAAAUGUUGAACUAUUAUCCACAAUUAAAUUAUGUAUGGAAACAGGCAAGACAAUACUGAUGAUCAACACGGGUAGAAUACAUGGUAGUUUAUAUGAUGUGUUCAAUCAAAAUUUUAGUAUUAUGGCUAGCGGAGAUGAACGAAAAAUAUUUUCAAAAGUCGCAAUUGGUGCUCAAACACUUGAUUGUGUCGUACACGAGCAAUUUCAGUGUAUCGUCUACAUAAAACGAUCAGAACUACAUGAAAUCCCUGCUCCAUUUCUCAGCCGAUUCCAGAAAUAUUUGCUUAGUACUCACGAUUUCUAUCGUUUACAAUUAGAGAAACUGCCAAGAACACAGCAGGAAAUACUGGAAAAUAUCGAAAAAAAAUCUCAGUCGUUCAUAUCUCACUUCGGCCAACAAUAUUUUUAUGGUCUUACUGAGAAUACUGUAUAUUCAGUACUACUGACACUGGUAAGAAGUAUUCAUGAACAACAAAAACAUGUGUCAAUUGUUGAAGACAUAACAGCAACAAACAAUGAUGACAUCUCGGAUGACAAUGACAUGCUUCAAAAUAAUCAACAACAAGAAAUGACAAUGUUAGAGAAAAAAUCAGCCAUUUCUAUCACAUUUCUAACCAGUCAUCAUUACACACAAUUGAAUAUCAAAACGAAGUCAGCAAUUGAACAGAACACACAAAAUUUAGAACAAUGUUUAUUCAGAAUAAUAAUAUCAAAAUUAAUCCAGCUUAUUUCACCCGAAGCGCUUGUUUUUAAACAACAAACAUUUGAAAAUUCUUUUGCUAAUUGGAUAUCUAAAAGUUACUUCUUUGAGCAAGAACACUUUAGUAUCAAAAGUUUUGUUCAACUACUGAUCUCUUCAGACGAUCAGGUAGCAUCCAUUACGACCAAAGUCCUAUUAUUUACUCGUUCAAGUGCAUAUAUAAAUGGUUUAUGUCAAGGUUCAAAUAGGCAGUUAUUAGGGGAUUAUAGCAGAUGCGUGGAAGUAUUGUCUCUGGGAUCGAUUGACAACGCAGUUGAAUUAAAAGAAAAAUUCGAUAGUUAUAAACAUAAUACGAUCAAAAAUGUUCUUAUUGUGGUAAUCAAUGGACAAACGUGUACUCAACGAAAUCAUAUUGCUUUUGUUAGAGAAAUGAUAAAUAUAUGUGAAAAAGAGGCCAGUUCCAUGUAUGAAAAAGAAAAACAUCAAAAUAAUCAUCCCAACUUUAUUUUUCAAAAUCCACAGCAACAGAAAAAAGUGCCUAAAAAAUAUUUCAUUAUGCUAUUACAUAUACCAGCACAAGAAAUAUAUCAUCAACCGUGUUUUCCAUCCAUCUAUUUACAUGAUUGGGACAUAUAUUUUUUUGAUACCUGUGCAUCAGGUAAAGAAAUUCAUUUACAAAAAAUCUUUUCAAUGUUAUCUGUAUUAGAGACAAAAAAUGAUCAUGAUGAUCGUGAAGAUCUUGUAUCGGAUUUCGAUGUUUUAUUUGAUGAAUCUUUAUGGAAUUUUUGUAGUAGAAUACCCAAAUUUACAGAAAAUUUGUCAUUAACAUUACCGAUAUCUAAUGCUUCGAAUUUCUAUCAACCACAUUGUACUCUAGCAGAACGUGUACAUUAUCUACGAAAAUCAAUGAACACUUGUCCACAAUUACAAGAAUAUAUUAUUAAUACUUAUCACAUAAAUAUGUCGAAACAAAAAUCUAAAAUGUAUACUAUGAUUUAUCAAACAGCAAAGGAUAUUUUAUGUGGUCGACGGUUUGAAGGUCUCGUUGAAUCUAUUCGCAAGGAAAGUGCUAAUUCAUUCAACACUUUUAUAUCACAUAUUUUAAGCUAUAUUGUUAGUAAUUAUGGUUUAACUGUAAUAUCGGAUAUGACAAACAGUUACAAGUUAAUGAUUGAUCUCACAGAUAUCUCAAAUUUGCAUUCGGACGAUAAAAUUAAUGCGAAAACACAUAUACCAAUAGCAAUGCAUUAUCCAUCGAUUCCUAGAACAUUUUUAUACUCAGUAUUUCAUGAACGUAUCACAUGUCAUGUUAUGAGAAUUAAAACAACAACAAUGAAUCAAAUUACAGAUACCGAUUUGGUCGAAGACAAUACACUAUUUUCCUACAAACAUGUAUUAAUAACAUUAGAAAAAGAGAAAAAAAUAUGGAGUCAAUAUACAAAUGUGCAAUUUCGUCAUUUACUUUAUCAUUCUCUAUCAGGUGAUGCAACUUUGAACAAUAUAAUAAAGCAGUGUGGUCAUACAUUAGCUGACUCUUAUGCGCAUGAUUUAAUUGCUAUAAAUUGUCGAAUAAACGAUAAUAAUGUUGUAGAAGGUGGCACAAUUGGAUUAGUUUCACAUUGGCUGCAGCUUCAAGAACAACAUGAAGAUACUCUAAUUGAGAAUGAUGAAAUAUGGUUAAUAGCUCAUAUAACCACAUCGUAUGAAUUUAAUAAAAAUCAUUUGAUUGCGUUAUCUGCAGCAUGUAGUAUACUAGAUCAAUUAGUUACAACGAAUUAUAGAAUAAGUUUAUGUAAUGAACUAAGAAAUGGUCCUAUUAACAAUCGAACAGAUUAUCAAGAUAAAAUAUUUUAUGAAAUGUUUGAAUGUUUAUGGAAAAAAUUAGAUAGUACUACUAAUGAUUGUUCAUUAUGGAUGCAAUUGUACACAUUUGUUUCACGUUAUUAUCCAUCUGAAAAGAUUCUUCAUACAACAGAACUACUUAAUAUUAAGACAAAAGUCGAAUUAAUGCAUCUAUGUUAUUUAAUAUUUUUGAAUGAAGAUACACCGGAACCAAUUGAAUUAGUUCGACAAAUUCUUGAUGCUCACGCAUUAAAUAAGUCAUUUGAAAAUGGAUGUUUAAAUGAAAUAUCGAUAAUUGUUAACCUAGUACGAGACUAUUUUCAGUAUAAAACAUAUUCACAAGGUCAUGAAACACUUCUAUUCGAUAUUGUACAGUGGCUGUUAUCAUUACUUAAAACUAAAGCAUUAUCAAAAACAGAAGAUAUAUCUAAUGAAAUAGAAGAUUUUUUAAGAUUUUUGAAUAAUUCUACUGAAUUCCGUUUACCUAUGAAACAAUUUAUCUUUGAUCAAGUUUCUGAUUUGAUAUUAAAACGAAUUUUAAAUAUAAAAAAACAAAAUAUAAAUUACAGUAAAAUUUGUCCACUUGAAAUGUUGAAAAUCUUAUUACCUAUUAUUGUAAAGUGUAUUUCAAUUACAGGAAGUAAUAUGAAUGAAAUGGAUUAUAUUCCACCAUAUCAUCCAUCCAUCACACUACCUUCAAACAUAUUACAACAGCAAUCAUUGAUUAAUUUAUUAUUUUUCUAUAUUCAAAAACAUUUUAAUAAUUAUACAGUGACAUGUGAUUUUGUACAUAAACUUAUGUUUGAUUCCGAUCCACCUACAAAUAAUUCUACAGAAGACAAGUGUAUUGUUAUCAAAAAAUUAUAUGAAUCAAUUAGUAUCUAUUUAGUAAUUGAAUCUACAGCUUGUCUACUUUGCGAAAAAAACUAUGAUGAUAAUCAAUCGGAAUGGCAUCGUUCGCUUAAAACAUUUUUAAAAGCAUAUGUUCCUAUAUCAAAACAAACAGAUGGUUUCGAUGAUAAUAUGAAACAUUUUUUAUCAAUAAUUAUAAUUCGACGUAGUUGGAAUUAUCUGUUAACUCUGUUAAAAUCUGAUCUUUUUCUUAAAAUUAAUUCUGAAUGGACAUCGUAUAUUUCUAACAUACUUGUGACAAAUAAUAAUAAAUUAGAAAAUAUUGAUAAAUCAAUUGAAUCAUAUGAUAAACUUGAAUUUACACUAUCGUCAUGUAUAUCAAAUUGUUCAGCAUUUCCAAAAUUACAUCAAUCAUAUGAGCAAAUGAGUCAACUAUUUAAAAACUGUCUAGAAAAUCAAUGGGAACCAUUACUUUACUGGUGUAACCAACAAUUAACAUUAGAAAAUAAUAGGUUAUAUCCAAAUGAAAUUAAAAUGAUGUUGUUUUUGAACAUUUAUUAUAAUCAAACGUAUGAACUAAAUUCACUACUAGUUUUAUUGGAAAACAAUACAAAUUUACAAUUCAAAGAAGAAGAAAUAUCUGUAUUUCGAGCACUAAUAGUACCAAAUAAAUUUAUGAUGGGAAAUGAUAAUAAUAUAUUUGAAUCAAAUGCAUUAAAUGAUUUAUUUAAAGUAACAUGUACGUCACAAGAUGAAUUAUUUAUUCGACAUGCUCUUAUUAAUCUAAUGGCUAUGAUUAUUUUAUCCGGUCCAAAUACAUUUCUUUGGACAUUUGCAUUUACACCCGAUAAACUAGUAAAUACAUAUGGUUUUGGUUCAACAACAACACAUAAAAUUAUGACAAAUGGUGUACAUUAUGAUUGUGGUUGUGUAUUAAGUGAAAAUGGCGAAAUUGUACAAUUCUUAAUGACAGAUUCGAUACUUCUUAAUACUCCAGCUGUUUAUGUUGUUUACUUUGCUACAUAUGGUGCACUUGCUUGGCAUCUAUUAUUAGAUAAAAAUGCUGUUGAACAUUUGAAUGGUCCAAUUUUAGCUCCAAAAGUAAUUCAUUUUAUAGAAAAUCAUGGUGAAGAUAUUGUAGGAGAUACAGUUCGUACUCGUGUAUGUCAUUUUGUUCGAGCUCGAUUAUUAGCUACUAUGUCAUUUUUAUCAAUAUAUUGUAAUCAGAAUGAUGCCCGUCUUUUAUUAAAUCGAUGUUUUGAACAAUUUGCAUCAAUAUCGAUCAAUCAUAAUAAUGAUAAUUGGAUUAAACCAAUUUAUACUGAAUUAUCAGAUAUUCGUAGAGCUGAACAAGAAUUUCAAACAAAUGUAUUCUAUCAUGUUCUUGAAAUAUUAUCCGAGCAUAAAUCGUACAUUGCACUACUUCAAAAUACUCAAAAAGAUUUACAAGAAUAUAUAAAUAAACAAUCUAUCAUUAUACAUUAUUCUGAGUUUGUUACUCAUCUUCAUAAUCCAAAAUAUAAUACAUCUACUUUAUCUUUACUUCAUCUACUAAUCAAUUCUCGAGAUAUAUUAAAAAUAACAAUAAUAACAUAUGAUUUAAUUCGAUUUUAUAUUUUAUUACAUCAAACUUUUAGUCAACUUAUUAAUCAGGAACAAUUUAGAAAUAUAACAUUAAAAGAAUUUACGAUUAUUGGAAAAAAACGUUUUAAACAAAAUGAAAAAUUUUAUGAUAUGAUUAUUGAAAAAGGCAUACAAGCAGUGAAUAAUUAUCAUUCAUUUGCAAAUGGUUAUAUUCAACCUGGACCUUGUCAUUUAACACAAGAAUUUCAUUCAAUUAAUGAACAAACAUCGAUUGAUUAUUUAUUGACAACAAAUGUUAGUGAUGAAGGUGAUAUUAUUAUGCGUAUUAUUAUUGUUCUUGUCAAUUUUAAUAAUAAUUUGUUGAGAACAUUGGAGACAUGUAUGAAUGAUAUAUUUGAACAUAAUUGUAUCAUUAAAAAUUUACUAGAUACAUUUAAUAAACAAACAAUUGCCAUUUCACAAUUAGCUAGUAGCAAAAUUAUUACAGGAAUAAUUUAUUUAGAUGAUUGUGAAUGUGAGGAGAAUGAACAAAUAUCAAUGGCAUCAUUAUUUCAUUCUCAAGAUGGAGAAUUCAAUUUUGAUUUUAAUUAUGUACAAUCAUAUUUUAUACGACGUUAUUUACUCGGACAUGUUAAAAUUAAUUAUCAUGAUAUUCAUCAUCCAUAUAUAUUCAAUAUCGAUAUUAAGCAAAAUUUCGAUGAUAAUAAAGUGUAUUCAAUUGACAAUGAUUUAUUUUCAAAUAUAUUAGAUAAUGAACAAUUAGAAGAAAAUAUAGAUCAUUUAAAUAAUAUGAUACUUGAUAAACUCUAUGAUGGAGUACGUAUUUUAAGACAAAUAACAUUAAUGAUUAAAGAUGAAUUAAAACGCUAUAUGAUAGAUAAUGAAAUUGAGAAACAAAAAGAAUUAUCAUUAAUGCCAAUUUAUACAUUUGUUUUAAAAUAUGGAGGAGAAGACAAAAACAUAUUAGAUAUAAUGUAUCAAUGUGAAAUAAAAAAUUUUCAACUUUGUUACAUAGAAUAUAUUCGUCAAUUAUUUGAAAAUCGUAUUAAAGGAUAUGAACAUUUGUUUAUCAAUACACAUGAUCAAUUACGUGUACCUAUAGACGAUGUUUUAAAAGAUAAUUUAGAGAAAAUAUUUCAAACAAUUAUGAUGGAAGAAGAAAUAAAAACAACUAUAUUAGCAAUAACAAAUUUACUUGAUGAUUUAAAACAAAUUGAAUAUUAUCUCUUUCAACAAUCAUCAUUAUCAUUAAUAACUGUGUGUAAUUUACUUUCUAUAGACAAUCCAUUAUUAAUAUUUUUAACAGAUGAUAUUAAAUGUGAAAAUUAUAUGGCUAUAUGUAUUCUUCUGAUACAAUUACGUACUCAAUUAAUGCAAAAACUUAUUUUAAAUGAUGAAGAAAGUAGUAUACCCACAAAACUCUGGUGUGAACAAGAAAAUGAAGAUAAAAGUCAUACAAUGAAUUCUUUUCGAGAAUUAUUAGAACAAAAAUCAUUAGAAGAUGAAGAAAACGAAGCUGCAGAACAAGAAGAUUAUACGGAAAACAACGACAAUUUGUUAAUUAUCAUAGAAUCUGAAGACGUAGAACAACAGCAACAACAACAAGAAAAUGCACAUGAACUACCGACUGAAGAAAGCAAUAUAGAUCAUUCCAGUUCAUUAACUUCGACCGUUAAAGAUUCACUAUUCGAAAUUCAAUUAAAGACAAUAGAUAUUCCAUCAAAUCAACUGACAAAUAAAAUAAAAGAAUUAUUAGUUUUAUUGAAUAAAACAAUACAGACUAAUUUGUCGAAAUCUCAGAAAUAUGUAAUACAACUUCCGAAUAAUCAGCCAGAGAUAAGUGUACUAUGUAGAGUAGAUAAAUUUAAUGAACGCAUAGAACAGUUAUUUUUGAAAAAUAAUUAUACUAAACAUGCUUUAAUUGAUUCUUUUGGAAUAACGAUUGAUUAUAUGGAUAAACAGCAACAAAACAAUUUUACAUCGAAUUGCCAAGUAAUUGAAAAACAAUAUCUUACUAGUAUUCAUGUUCAUUUCAAUAAUGAAGAUAUUGUUUAUUAUGCAAAAAAUGAUACAGAUAUUGAGAUUGUAUUAUCUAGAAUGUUCAAGGAGUAUCCAUUAAUACAGCUUAAUAAUGAUAAUGAUAUUUGUAUCACCGACGAAUAUGGUCAAUGUAUAAACUGUGGACCAAUUCAGGACAUUAUUAGAAAAGCUGACGAUGUUCAUAUUUAUGUGAAUAGAGGAGAAAAAUAUUUAUGUCAAAUGAGCAUAAUCAAACCAUAUAUUCCUGAGCUAACAGACAAAGUCUUUAUACCAACAUCAAAAUGGCAACAACUACAUGAUUAUCUAAGAAAAUUUUCAAUUUUACAAAUAACAACUAAUUUUCGAUUUUGGCAUAAUAUAAAAAAUUGUAUUUUUGACAAUAAUGACACUCUAUCAUCAUCAAUGUGUGUCUCAAAUGAUAAUUGUGAAAGUGUAUCUAUUUUUGCAGUAAAAACUGACGACAUAAUAACAGUAAAUUUUAAAUCUGAAUGUGAAUCAGUUACGAUUAGUACAUUGACAACAGCAUGUUUGCAUGAUGUUGUCAGAAGUCUAAAUAGAAGUGCGGAUGAUAUGGUUUUUAUUAUAAGCGAAGCUAUUAUAUCUGAUUUAAAACAACCGUUAUCAAAUUUUCUGUCACGUAACUUCGCUGUUAAUAAGUACUCUGAUGAUCCUGAUAUUACAUUUCAAAUGUGUUCUGUAAUAACUAUCAUAAAAUCGGAUGAUGGUUAUCCAAUGCAAAUUCCCGUUGAAAGAAAGGAUACGUCAGUUGCUGAUAUUAUUAAAAAUAUUUGUCAUCGGUUGAACUUAGACGAGAAUGAAAAGUUUUGUUUGGCUAAAAAUUCAAUGGAUGUGAUAGAUGAUACCAUGUACUUGUCAAAUACGAGUGAAAACAGUUAUUUAUUUCUUAACGAAAACAAAACGUGCACAGUAACGAUCGCAAAUAAUGAAAAAUUAAUUGAUAUAGAUGACGAUGUUAAACGAUUUUCUCGUUCAGUAACAAUAGCAAACAUACGGCAAGUUUUUGGUGUCUCAUCUCAACUAUAUCUGAUAUAUUUACAUGAUUUUGCACUCUCUUACGAAACACAGAUUUCUACGAUAUUAUUAUUAAAUUCAACGUCGAUUGCAUUUCAAACCAAAGAUGUUAACAACUUUCCUAUUCCUGUCACACUAGUCAAAGACAGAAAUACACUCAUUCAAUUUAAUGGUGCAAAAAGUUUAACAUGUGACCGAAUAUGUGAAGUUGGAUGUUUAAUUAUUGGAGAAAAUCCAACAUUCUAUGAAUUACAAAUGAAAAAUGUUAGUAUUGACACAUCGGUGUCUCUAGAUGAAAUAAAUGACACAGAAAUAUUUCACAACAUCGAUGAUGUAAUAGAAUUACAACUUAUGUGUACAGCUGAAUUCAUGUGUGUGGUGACAGUAAUAAUCGAAGAUCAUGCAAGGAUAUGUUUACAAAUCAUGUUAGCACAAAAAUGUUUUAUUUCCAGCAGCUUUCCUAGCUUUGAAACAGACAGCCACUUUACACUCUAA